AUGGUCGAAUUCAAGGCGUUGUUGUCGUCAUGCAUUGUCGCGCUUUCGCUGCAGGGCUCUGGGGUGAACGCGGCGGCUGUUAGCGCGUCGGCCUCCCUUCAUUCGGAUCUAAAGAAUUUGGGAUUCAACGUUACCAUCCCUAACGAUACGGGGUAUAGCUAUGUUUCGGCUGCAUUCAACCUUCGAUACCAACUCAAGCCCGCAGCAGUCGCCUUCCCGUCAAAUACAAAACAAGUAGCGGAUGUUGUUCGCGUCGCUGCUAGACACAAUUACAAAGUCGUUUCGAGGAGUGGAGGGCACAGCUAUGCUGCGAGUGGCCUGGGAGGAAAAGACGGACUCGUGGUCCUUGAUCUUAGGCAUCUGAACGCGGUCAAGUUCGACUCUGCUUCCAAUAGGGCGACUAUUGGUCCUGGAACGCAUUUAGGAGAGCUUGCGACGUCCUUGGGAAACCAUAACCGCGUCUUGCCACAUGGAACGUGUCCACUGGUCGCUGUGGGAGGCCAUGCAGCAUUUGGUGGAUAUGGCUUCAUGGCGAGGAAGCACGGGCUUUUGGCGGAUACGGUUCAAGAGGCGGAGGUCGUGUUGGCGAACGGGACGGUCGCUGUUACUUCGAAGAGCAAGCAUCCUGAUCUCUUCUGGGCCAUUCGAGGUUCCGCGCCAUCCUUCGGAAUCGUCACCUCCAUCACAUCACAGACCUUCCCUAUGCCCCCGUCUACAACGACUUUUGAGUAUGGAUGGACCCUUUCCCCAUCCGAGCUUUCCAAGAUCAUCAAUCAUUUCCAGCAUUUCGUCAGAAAUAACGCCGGUUUCGCGCCAGAGCUUUCAGCGGAACUUUAUAUCGCUCCAGACAUUCGAACGCGACAACUCACUGUCUCGCUUUCCGGUGCCUUCUACGAUUCCCCGUCAAAAUUCCAGAGCGCCAUCUCUGGUCUGAUUAAUGGGAUGCCUCCAGUGGGAUGGAGCUCCAAGACGGACGGAACGUAUUUGAAGAGUGUCGAGCAUUUUGGGCAGUGGAGUUGGGGCAAGCAUGAUACUUUCUAUGCGAAGUCUCUUCUUACUCCUGCGGACGAGCUGAUGACGACCAAUGCGAUUGACGCAUUCACGAGGUACCUUGGCAGUAAUGGGCUCGGCUCGAAUACGAAUUGGUUCAUCCAAAUCGGAAGUUUUGGGGGCCCUACUUCAAAGAUCAAUCAGUUUAGCGCUGAUGAGUCGUCUUUCGCGCACCGUGAUUCGUUGCUUCUGUUCCAGUUCUAUGGGAGGACAUUCUUCCCUCCCUUCCCUGCGUCAGGUUUCACUUUGCUCGACGGCAUGGUCGAUAGCAUUGUCCAUAACAGCCCAGCCGGGUGGAAAUACGGCGCCUACACCAAUUAUGUUGACGAUCGCCUGGCCAACUGGCAACACUUGUAUUAUGGUAACCACUAUCCAAGGUUGCAACGAUUGAAGACUCUCUACGACCCCAACAAUGUCUUUUCUUUCCCGACGUCGAUUUCUGCAUAGCUUCGUACAUUCUCAAAUACAGGAGUUCCGGAUCGACUACGCCUUGACUGUGAGCACACCAAAAAAAUAGGCUAGUCCUCGAUAGCUAAAUACGAAACCGAAACGUUAUGAAUUCGGGUGUUGCUCCACUGUUCGAUCUUCCAAUCCAUGCCUCUUCCUGUGAUGUUCGACACCUUGGCGUGGACCCUGAGGGUCUCUGGGGCUUCAGCGUCGAUGUUAUUGAUGGAAAAGAACAACGAUGGUGGUCCAUUCUUGAAUUCCCUAGAGAAGUUGACGGUCCCUGUCUGACUUCUUUUGGAGGGGUUGAGUCCACUCGCUUUGAACUCGCCAACGCAGAGUUGUUGGCCUGGAAGGCCGUGUUCCGGGAAUGCCAGCCAAUGGACAUGGGUGUUACUGAGCGACUUCCACUGCCUCGUCCUCCCGAUAUUGACGGUGAAGCCUCGG